AUGGCGUCGUCGCUGGCCGAGGAUGAGGAGGCCUUCGAGCACACGCUGCUGGUGGUGCGCGAGGUGUCAGUGUACAAGAUCCCGCCGCGCACCACCAGCGGCGGCUACAAGUGCGGCGAGUGGCUGCAGUCGGACAAGAUCUGGUCGGGCCGCCUCCGCGUGGUGUCCUGCGGUGACCGCUGCGAGAUCCGGCUCGAGGACCCGGCCACGGGGGAGCUCUUCGCCGCCUGCUUCGUGCUGCCCGGGCAGCGGGAGAGCGCCGUCGAGACCGUGCUCGACUCCUCCCGCUACUUCGUGCUCCGCAUCGAGGACGGCAGGGGGAAGCACGCCUUCGUCGGGCUCGGCUUCAACGAGCGCAACGAAGCAUUCGACUUCAACGUCGCCCUCUCCGACCACGAGAAGUACGUCAAGAGGGAGCAGGAGAAGGAAACCACCGGCACUGGCGGCGAGGAGACUGGCGGUGGCGAGAUUGAUAUACAUCCGGCCGUCAAUCGCCGACUCAAGGAAGGUGAAACCAUUAGGAUAACUGUAAAAAACAAGCCAUCAACUGGAAGCGGUAUGCUUUCAGCUGCUGGUUUAUCUGGAGGGACCACUGCAAAACCGAAAACAAGCAUGCUUCUUGAGCCACCUCCAGGUGCAGCUGGGAAGCUUCGAUCUCCUCUUCCGCCUCCACCUAACGACCCUGCAGCUGCAAGGAUGAAUUCUGAACAUACUGCAGGAAUCAGGGCUCCAAAAGAACCCACCAAGAGAAAUAAUGAUCCUUUUUCAGAUCUUUCUGCUAUAAAGGUGAGGUUUUCUAUUCGGUGCCUUACAAUUUAG